CCGGGUCUUCGGCGUGACGAGCGAACACUUCAACCACUAGGCUACCCAAGCGCACCGAAAUCUACUUAGCCACCGACCACACUAUUCAGUGACUCUGGAAUUGUCCACCUUGUGUAGGUGUAAAGCACUCCACGGAGAGGGACUGAUACUCAACAUGCAAAAUACAGUAACUCAUGGAGACACAAUUAUUGUGUGGCAAGUUCAAGUCCAGGGCACUAUGUAUUCGAUCCUGGAUUGUCGCUGUUGAUUUUCACAUUUUUUGUUUCUUUUUGAAUGGGCGAAACGCGACAAUGUUCCUUCCUUGAUUCCAUAGUUAUAGGAAUGAAACUUUCACCAAACUGUUAAUGGACACAAUUAGGCAUAUUCAGGACGUUAUUCAAUUCGCUGUUCAUGACUGCUAUCUGGGCCAAAAUUAACAGCUCUUACUGCAAGGUCAUAUACAGUCUGACACUGCAGCUUGAACAGAACGACCCCCACAGAUCAACUUGACACAUUGCCAAUUCCUUGAAACCGGUAACAUAAUCACACAGGGGGAGAAGGCACUUAGCAUUUGACGAACAGAACAGAAAGGCAAUCGAUACGUAAUGUUCAAACAUUUCCCUAAUAAAUAUUCAAGAUGGCUGAGUUAGUUUCUGUUAUAGGUAUGAGUAACAUCUGAUAAAUACGCCAAUCUGUGAAUGUCCUAACAGACUGUCACCCCUACAUGUAAUAAGCCCGCCCACGUUGUAUUCUCGGGAAAUACUCUCGUCUCGGUUAGACUCCAGAAAUAUCUGAUAACGAUAUGUGGAGAAAGAGACUUCCGCUUGUUGGAGUGUGAAAACGGAGGGCUUGGGGGUGGGGGUGGGGGGGGGGUGUUAGAUCUAUUUAUAGCUGAGUAUGGUGGAAGAUACUUGUUAAAACAGCUCAAGUUUUGGAUUGAUCAAGUUUUGGAUUCACUUUACUACAGCGGUCAACCUGUCCUUGCACAUGUCAUCGUAUCCCAGCUGAGUGAAUAGAUGCACAUGAUGUUCAUCACUCUUCAAAACACUUUCCAGACGUGUGGAUCUUCUGCGCAGCUGUUAAGCGCCUGGACAAAUGUAUACGCUGAGGGCUUUGUGACACAGGACGAGAUAUGAUUGGGGCACGUGAUCACGGUAUUGCGCGUGACUACCAAUAUCCCAUAUGGCGUUGUCUCAUGGCGCUGUACAGUAACAAAGUACAGCACAGUUGAUGUCUAACAGACGUUUACACCUUUGAAUGGUGCAACUUGUGUACCUCUCUCUUUGAAGGCGUUUUGCUUGGAUAUGAGGACUACUGCUUCCAUUUGAGGGAAGAUGUGAAUCGACGCGAGGUAAAGCAACAACUUCCGCAAUGUGGCUACUUGCAGUUCUGCUGGUGAUCAAUUUACCGGUGCAUGAGCAAUGCUCCUGGGGAAUAUAUGGCGAGAACUGCGACAGGACCUGCCCCUCCAACUGUUACCUUGACCCAGGGAGAAACCUCAGACACUGUCAGAAGUACACUGGGAAAUGUUCUGAGGGAUGUGUUCGUGGUUACCAUGGCGACCAGUGUAACAUAUCCUGCAGCGGAGGCUGUUUAAACGAAACCUGCAAUCACGGGAAUGGACAUUGUACGUUAGGUUGUAAAGAGACCUACAUUGGAGAUUUCUGUAAUGAGACUUCAGGUAUUUUGGCAGUCACAUGCACGGCAGGCCCCGAUGACAACAAUCUUGCUGCGAUCCUUGUCCCAGUGCUCCUCAUUAUCCUCAUCCUCUGUAUCACCCUUGCUGUGAUGGUGUUCAAACUGAGAUCGAGGAGAAGGGCUGAAUCGAAAAGAAGAUAUCCCAAUAACGAAUACAGUACCCCUAAGGCCGCUGUUUCAGCUCCGUUGAGGCCGCACUAUACAGUUCCCUUGAUUGAGAAGCAUCCUGAAGCGGAGCAUCCUGAAGCAGACCCGUGCGAGUCACCAGGAAACGAGGAUACACAUAAGAUUGUUCCCGACUUUGACAAGCAGCCGACAGAUCAGCCGUCCAGGGAGAAGGACAUCAGUGACCUGUUCGUGGAAACUGAGGGUUACCGGGAGGUUAAAGACAAACUGGAAACACUUGGCCACGUGAUAAUAAGCGGUGGUCCAGGAGCAGGUAAAACAUCCAUGGCUCUGAUGUUAGGAGCUGAAUUCAGGAGACAUGGGUAUGAAGUGGUACUGGUUGAGGACGUUGGUACUUUCCAGUUGUCUGAUUGUCUGUGUAAGGACAAAGACGUCUGUGUCAUAUUCGAUGACGUAUUUCAGAGCGUUGGGCCAUCCAUGGACGGACAUCCUGCAGCAAACACCAGGAACCGAACAAAGGAGAAAAGAUCGCCCGAAGGUGCUCACAGUGACGUCAUCACCGCCAGACUGGCUGAAGCUGUUGCUGAUGGCACGUUCAGUAACUACAUCAUGCAUCCCAUCUGGAAAAUGAAGGAAGUUGCAGACAAAGUGAAUCAAAUGUUUCCAGAUGAUGGGACCAAGUCUCAUGAUACAAAGCACGGUAUUCUCCAUUAUGCCUGUUUCAUGGGGAAUAACGACAUCAUAGACCGACUCCUCCCCCACUGUGACAUCAAUAGACGUGCUGUGAAUGGCUGGACGCCAGUUAUGUUUGCAGUUACUGGUUGACAGAUGGACAGUUUGAAACUUCUAGUGGAGCAUAAA